AUGGCUAAAUGUAUGGACACUCAACUCCAGAACUUCUGGAAGGAGAGCAUCAGCAGAGAAGCCGCGCUUCGCUUCUCCUGGCACCAGCGCUACUCGAAGAUGUUCUCCCUAGGUGACGAAUCUGCCGCAGGGACUCCGUUCAAACCCACCGCCGCUGCUAAACCAGCCCGACACAGCGGCGUACCGGACGGGAAAGCGGUAACCGAGCGAAUUCGCCGUCUGGAGAGCGAGAAGCGUGGCAGAGGGGCGGCGGGACCAGCGAAGACGAGCGACGGCAGUGAUACGACCAUCUCAGAGGAAUCGGCCGGACCUGACAUGCGCCCACCUACUGCCGGCACUCGCACGUUGCUCUACAGCGGGAUCAGUGCGCACGGUGACGGGAGGAACGCGUACCUACGGAAACGGAAGAUGCUGACGCCCGAGGAAAAGUACGAGUUCCCGAUUCUUUCGUCGUGCCAGUACGGCUGGAAGAUUAGGGAGUUUGGCGGGCAGUCCAAGCCCUCCCCGCACGCGAGAGUGUGCGUGAUCAAGGACUCGUUUUACAGAAACAGCGGAAUAAUUUUGGGCUGA